AUGGCUUCAGACGACGAAGACUUGGAUUGCCCUCUGUGCAUGGAGGAAUUUGACAUUGCAGAUUGUAAAUUCAGGCCUUGUCCAUGCGGCUACCAGAUUUGUCGAUUCUGCUGGCAUCACAUAAAAACAAACCUUAAUGGUCGUUGCCCGGCAUGCAGACGAGCAUAUACUGAUCAGAUUGUCGAAUUUGUUCCUGUGAGCGCAGAGGAGAUUUUACGUAGCAAAAAGGAGAAGAAGGAAAAGGAACGCCAGCAGCGUGACAUGCGAGACCCGAAUAGGCGACAAUUGUCUGGUAUGCGAGUCGUCCAAAAAAACCUUGUAUAUGUUCUUGGUCUUGGUUCAAAACAUGCUAGCUUAGAGAACGAAUUCUUUAAGAAGUAUGGCAAGAUCAAUAAACUCGUUGUUAGCAAACGAUCUGUUCCAUCAGCACAGCAAUCAUCAUCCCAGGUUUCGGUUGGUAUAUAUGUGACCUAUGCCCGGAAAGAAGAUGCUGCAAAGGCAAUUGCUGGACUCAAUGGGGCUGUGUGUGACGGCAAGGUUAUAAGGGCCUCGUACGGAACAACCAAAUAUUGUACCUACUAUUUGCGGAAUAUGCCAUGCCCAAACCCAAAUUGCAUGUAUUUACAUGAACCAGGAGAUGAUGUGGACAGUUACAGCAAAGAAAAUCCAGCAAUUGGGUGCGUACAAGCUAAUAUAAUUCUUAUGAGAGGGCUAAUAUAA